CCGCCGGCCGGUGUUUCCUCCGCGGCAAGGAUCACGCUUCAGCCCCGCCACUGCGCGCCCGUCCCGCCGGCGGCGCCGGUGCGGCGGCCGCUCCGGCCAGGCAGAGCGGCGGGCAGCGGCGCGGAGGUGUUCUCAGAAAAAAAGUGCCUGCACUUCGGAGCUGAAGAGGGACAUGAGGAGUAAAAGGACCUGGGAUCUCACUGGUCAGAAUGAAACAGAUCUUGAAAGAUUUUUCAAAUCUGUUGUUAGUUGUGCUCUGUGACUAUGUUCUCGGCGAAGUGGAGUAUCUCCUGUUGGAGCGUCCAGGUCAUGUAGCCUUCAGCAAUGGCACAGUAUCUGUGGAAUAUCAGUACUAUAGUGGUGGUAAUGUGACAGCAGAGCAUCUGUCCAUCUUAUUGUUGGAUGCCAGCACCAAGGAGAUAAUUGCAAGAAAACAGCUUCCAGCAAAUCAGUCGCAGGGAAGGGUGGAGUUUGAGUGUUUCCAUUUCAAGAGUGCUGGGGACUUCUUCUUCAGAAUGGUCUCUCCCAGUGAUAAUGGCAGUGCUGCCCUGUGGAGCAGAAGCAUGUCUACCCUCCAUGUGGAGUGGCCUGUAUUUCACAUUGAUUUGAACAAGAGUUCAGAAGUGCUUGGGAACUCCCUUCAGGUUGGACUUUUUACAAAUGAGCAGUUGUGUGCCAUGAACGAGACCGUGGUUUCACUGGAUGUGAUAUUCACUGGCACCCUUUAUGAAUUUGGAAGAGUAAGCUUGGAUGAGACUCUGGGCAUUAGAACUAGCAGAGGAAUCCCUCUUGCUCAGUCCCAGUGGGUAGAGUUCAAUUGCCCACCUGUUGGUCAAGAACCGUAUGUCACCGUCUUACUGAAAUCGUUAGAAACACAUUCCAUCAUUGCCUCCAUAGGACCCAUAGAUCUCCUCCACAAAUUUGGAUACAGACUAGUUGUGGCACCAGAAGCAAUAUGCAAAACUUUGGUUCAGGUCUUCGUAGUCUCUCCGCCAUGUACUUCUAUCAAUGGAAAAAUUGUCGUCUAUAAAGAGGCUGUGAAGCAUCCUAAUCAAAGAACAACCUGGCUGCAUGAAAGCAUCCUUCACCCAGGAGACAACAGGACAGAAUUUAACUGCACUUUGUUUGAUGUGGGGAAGAACAAGUACUGCUUUGACCUCUUUAAUUUCUCAAACCGAAGCUAUUUCCCAGCAAGAGUUAAGGAGUGUGUGAUCAUCCAGAGGAAUAUGGAAACAUGGAGCCCGUGGCAGCCCUGGAGCCCCUGCAGUGUCACCUGUGGGGACGGAGUCCGGGAGCGCUUCCGAGAGUGCCUCACCUCCUCACCGGCAAAACCAGGCUGCGCUGGGUCACCGAGAGAGACUUCCUUGUGUUCGCUGGAGGAGUGUUUGUCUAUCAAGCCUCCCACCCCACCUUCAGUCCAGCCAGGAGAGGACCAGAAAGCAAAUAAUAUUGUCACCAUCACAGGUAUCUCCCUAUGCUUGUUCAUCAUCUUUGCCACUGUUCUCAUCACCCUCUGGAGGAAGCUCUGCAGAGCUCAGAAGUGCAGCACUGCUGUCCGCCAAAACUCCAUCCAUUCCCCCGGCUUCCGGAAAAACUCUGAUGAAGAAAACAUUUGCCAAGGCAACAAGCAGCGGGACAGCUUUGCAGAGGGAGGGGAUGCCCCUGUUAACAUUCCUCUGACCUACAGGCGAAGCCUCCAAUUUGCCCAAGAAGAUGAUGCCUCUGGAAGUGAAAACUUUCAGCCAAAUGCCCAAAAAAUAAUCCCUCCGAUUUUCAGCUACCGCCUCGCACAGCAGCAGCUGAAAGAGAUGAAGAAGAAAGGCCUGACUGAGACAACCAAAGUGUAUCAUGUCUCUCAGAAUCCCCUCACAGACACGGUUGUUGGUGCCACCACAAUGCUUCCACUGAGCGGGGAAAACCAAGAGGAGGCAGCGUCAAACAAGUUUAGGAUCAAAUCUCCGUUUCUGGACCAGCCAGUCAGUCAGCCCAAAUUCCCAGGGGAAGGCUCUCAUUCUAGGCUGGAUUUGCCAUUCUCACAGGCCAAUCCUGCAAUGAGCCCUACCCAAACCUUGGUAAGAAGGUCUCAUUUCAAGCACCAGGAUAAUAAGGGGGACUUGUCCGAGAGGGGUUGUCACAGGAACCCCCAGUUUAGAAGAACGGCCAGUUUCCAUGAAACUAAGAAGUCCAGGCCUUUCAGAGAGCGAAGCAUGUCCACCCUCACCCCCCGACAGACUCCUCUCUACAACUCCAGGACCAGAACAUGGGACCACGGUUUGGAGGACAGGAUGCGGCCAAAAUCGAGAAACGCGAAUCCAACGUCUGAAAAGCUGGAUCAGCCCCACAGUGCCGUGCUGGGCUGUGAGCCACAGGGCCAUGGCGCCAAGUGCCACCACAGGGCGGGUCCCCUGGUGAAGAAACUGGACCUGAUCAGUGACCGCCAGCCUGCUGGUCAGGAGAAGGCAGCAGCUGACAGCCGGGGUAAGAGGGGCCCUUCACCUAACCCCAGAAGUGUGUGGCGGAAAGAAACGGGCUCAGCUGGCAAAGAUAAUUCCCAGAGAGGCCUAAGUGUAAGCCCUGCCCAGUACCGAAGGGACAAGUGCCAGAGCUUCCCCUUCGACCCUGAGUUUGCCUUUUAUGAUAAUACUACUUUUGGCUUAACAGAGGCAGAGCAGCAGAUGAUUGACCUCCCUGGGUAUUUUGGCUCAAAUGAGGAGGAUGAAACAAGUACUUUAAGCAUUGAGAAGCUGGUGAUCUGAGUGACUCAUUGCAGCCCUGCAAGAGGAGUGUGCGCGGGAGAGGAUCUGUUGGCUUCUGGAGGAAGGAGCAGUGGGAAUGGCAUUCCCUUCACACGGAGCAGGAAGGAAUAAUGUCCCGAGUCUGGCUAGUGGGAACUCAUUCCUUUCUAAUUACUGGAAAGUGCUUCCGUAUAAUUCUUUUUUGUAUGUAUGUGUGUAAAAUACACACAAAAUACCCUGGGAAAGGAUGUGUUAAUGGAGGCAUGACACGGGAAUAGUCAAUAGAUUUUAUUGCAUAAAGCAGUCAAAUUUUGUGCGUUGUGCAUAAUGAAUGCCCCUGAUCUACCCUUUCUCACUUGGUUGACUGUGUACUAGUAGAUUAUGAUGUCCUAAAGCAUAUGUUGUCCACUAUCCUCAACGAUCUGUCCUAAUUAGUGAAUCUUUUCUUGUUUAGAUAACACAAACCUCAAGUUGUGAGCAGUUCUCACUGGAUUUUUCUUAGUUGUUACUGAACUGUGUUAAUUCUCUGUAAUUGCUCAAGUAAGUCAUAUGGUGUUUCUUUUAGCUGGUUGCAUCAAAGUGCAAAUGGUUGAUGCUGAAUACUUGGAGUGAAUUUAAAAUGGAGGGGACAUUUUUCAUCAUUCAAGAUUUCCUUACUUUCUUUCUGUCAGUAUUUAUACCAAGAAAACUGCAAUGUACAAGUAUUUGUAGGAAACUAGAAAAGGGCAUGCUACUGGGAGGGCAAAGAGGGUGGAUGAUGAAAUUUUAGCCCUCACAGAAAUGUUGCUGCAGCAUUUAAGCGCCUUUAAAAGGCAGUGAGAGAACUGUUAAAUCACCCAUCUUUUCCAUAAUCAUCUUUGCCUGUAUUCACAUUUUUUUAAAGUGUAAGUGAAUUGACAAUAAUACUAAUACAGCAAGCUCAAAAUAAACUAUGAACAAAACCAGCAAACAACAAAUAUAUUUGAUGAAUAACUGUUUUGAAAACAAAAAGAAAAAAUAAAAUAGCUUGACAACAUCUGGUCAUUCCCAGAGAAUGGUGUGGUGAAGCACAAAAGUUACAUUGUUUCAGGUUUUGUUGUACUUUAAAGCCAGAGAUCAAAAAUUGGCAAUUGCACACUGCUGGAUACGUUCAGAGCUGGGUUGAAACCCCAGUUGACAAGAGAGAGAGAGAGCUUGGGCCAACAAGAAUGACUCAGAGACUUUGCUUGGCACUUGUUAGGAUGACCAUCUCUUGAGAGAGUUUGCAAAGACCAGGGAAGUGCAGUUGGGCAACAGCCAGGAAAGAGGAGAUGCUGCCUGUGAAGCAUGGAUUGAGAGAAGGUAGGUUCAAGCAGAGCCUGUCAGCCUUAAAACAGCUGUCCCGUGAGGAGCCUAACCCUGCUUGCUGUUUAGCUGGCCUUGUGAGUGCGAAGGAAAAAUUAGCAUGUGGGCAGCUCUCUGGCAGUUGGCUGCUGUCUUUUCUCAGCUGGCUUUCUGAGUGCAUAGAUUUCCCUAUCCCACGACAUUUCCCCCCCCCCCCCCCAAAGCAAACUAUGAUUGUGAAGGGAGAGCAGCAUCACUGUGCGUUACCCAGUUACCGAUGGCACCCCAUGGAAGUGUCCCAAGUGUGCACAGGUAACUUGGCAGGCGCAGAGCUGGGAGGAGCCAGACACUUGGCGUUUGGCUGCCAGAGUCAAACCCUGCUGGCUGAACCACCUUUCUGAUGGGUAAUGUUUUGCAGCUGCUGCUGGAGCACCGGAUCCGACUGGCAGGGGGAUGUGAGCUCCCUCUCUCCCAGGAGCUGUGCCAGCACGCCGGGUUGUUGACGAGGUUCAGCCCUUUGGCCCAGCGCAGCGUUCAUACCAGCUAUGCAUUCCCCUAAGCUGUCAGCUUGAAAUGCUGUUUGAAGCAUUUGAGAACAUGUCCAUGCUUGAGGACCGAUCCAGGGCUAAUCAAAUGUAAUGAGUCCUUAAACUGACUUAAAUGAACUGGAAACCAGGCCUCUGAAGCAAUUGCUGCUCAGGUUACUUACCACCCCUGUUCUAAGGUAAACUCUGCUGUGUGACGCAUGUUGGCCCUGAAGCAGUGAUCUGUCAGCCUUAGACCUGCAGUGCUACAGUAUCUGUUUACAGCUUUGGUGAGCCUCUCAGUGCAGGAAGCCCUGGAGAUCAAACGUGCAGCACAGCAACAUCCAGUAAGCAUUUCCUUAACUUUCAGUGGGAGUGAUUUGAGCUUGGCAGUAGCCCUCAGAUCAAAUAAGUACUUGGCUAGUGGCAUUUUACCCUGUUUAUUAAGAUAAAGGUGGCUCUGAAACACUUUCUAGGGUUUACUGUGGGAGCUGCAGGAUCCUACAUAAAGCCCUGUGACCCCUGAAUCUCCAAGGGGGUUUUCUGUGCUGCAGGAGGGCUGAGGAGGGGGAGCCUUGCUCUAAGCUGGAUGAUGCUUCUUUCAGCCUUGUCUUGGUGAUGGGCUGUGUUCAGAACAGCUACUGCAAUGCAUUAGAUGGGCUUGGGUACAUCUUAUAUCUAAGACAGCAAGCAGACCCUUUCCCUCCCAGCUUGUCAGGUCUUGGCCCCUUUUUCUCUCUCAGAGAGAGAAAAAAAACCCAUAACAUAUUGAUACUGGCUUUUUAUAUUGCUCACUGCUCACUCACUGGGGAACUGGACUGAGUAGCAUUGUCUGACUAAGCCCUGUUGACUUUAUCUCCAUCUUGAUACUCCAUUAUCAGAUGGGUGAUCGGCUGCUCAGUGAACUGUCAGACCAGUAAUACUAGCCCUUUGGUGCUGUAGUUGAUUUUCAGCAUGCAGAGUUGAGCAUCACUAGUCUGUAGUGUCUACCCUGCUUCCCAGGCCUUCUACUGAAUAAUGGGAUUGAGCAUCAUCUGCCAGAAGGCAUUAACUUCUUUCACUCACUUUUUUCUGUCCUUACUGCCCUCAGCAUUGUGUCAGUGGCCACAGCAUUUCCAUAUAUUCCCAACAUGUAGUUAAAACCUUGGACUAAGAUUUUACCAUAGUAAAAUAACAGAAGUCAUGAUCAGAAAGGGAAUAGGAAGUUGCUGGUUGUUCGCAGCCUUUUCUUCACAAGGGCAACCUCGUUUCAGAGAUGUAGGUGCAAUUUUCAUUCCACAUGGGUACAUGCCAACAGUUGGGAAGAGGGCAGCAGUGCAAUCUGGCCAAGGCACAGGCUAUAGGAGCGUGGCUUCCUGGAGUGCUGGCCUGGUGUGCUCUGGUGUUCACACUUGCAAUCACUGGGAUGGCUAGGAAGGAGUGAGAACAGGGUUUACCUCUUGACAAAACAGCAGAGCCAAACCAGAUUUUACACUGAACUUUCACAUAUCUCUGCAUUGUCUCCAGGACACCUUGAGCCAUGGAAACUAAACUUACCUUGCAGACCCUCUCAGCUAUCCAGGACAGCAGGUGCAAAAGCACCAGAGACAACACCAAAAGAAUGAAAUUCUCGUAUGACUUUUCUCAAGAUUUUCAUUCAAGUAUCUGUUCAAGUUCUUACUGUUGAAAAUGAAAUACAAAGUGUUAAGUCCUACUCAGAUGGUUUUAUUUCAUGCUUUGUGGAUAUACAAAUUACAGUAUGUAUGGCUCUAAAAGCAAAUAAAUGGAGAAGAACUACCAGUUAAAAAAAAUGCUAUUGUUCAUUCUACAGCAUGAUAGUAGUUAAAUGAUUUGCAUCAAGCUCAUACUACUGUUCAUUUUUAACUGUUGUUAUUAACAAUUUGUGAAAAAUAAAUUUUCAGUAUUCCAUUUC